GUCUAAGGACUUCAAUGAUCCAAAAUGAGCAAGUCAACUAAACCACCACCUGUGAUUGAAACCUGGACCAAAGAAGACGUCCACCGUUGGCUGAUGACAGAGGUCAAAGUUCAUCAGACUUGUGCAGACAGGUUCAUUGAAGAGGAAGUGUCAGGAGAAAAUGUAGAUGACUUUGAAAAGAAAGACAUAUUAGACCUGGGAAUAAAACACGGUCCUGCAGUCAAAAUCAUGUGUUAUCUAGAGAGGCUGAAGGAAGGAUCACAGCAUGAGUCACAGUUGCCAGCAUAUGUGGAAAAAUGGACAAAGAAGGAGGUGAACCAGUGGUUACUGCAGCAUGCGAAGGUGGACAAUGAAAAAGCCCAACGCUUCCUGGAGGAGGAUGUGUCAGGAGACUGUCUCGUUUGCUUCAAGAAGCAGGACUUUCUGGAUCUGGAGCUGAAAAGUGGUCCUGCUGUAAAGAUUCUGAAAGCGAUUGAUCGACUGAAAAACAAACCAGAGCCUGAGAUGCUGCCUCUGAUCAAAGAAGUCCGACAAUCAAGCCUGAAAUCCAGGAUGCGUUUGUCCUUCACAAGUAUGACAAGACGAGGAAAAGAAACUCAAAAGACAAGUGUGCUGCUGGUGAAAAAAGGGGAGACAAUUACGAACCCUGCUCCAAUAAUCAAGAAUAUCCUGGAUAAACUUGGAGCGAAAGACCUGAAAUCUUUUCAUUUUGAGCUGACACAUUACACCGACUCGGAGCACAAACCUAUCCCUCGGGGCAAACUGGAGGGUACGGACACCAUGGACAUCGCCACCUUAAUGACCAACCACUACAGUGGCGAGGUUUUAGGAGUCACACGACACAUCCUCCACAAAAUAGAUCAACGGGAACUCGUUUCUCAAGUGGAAAGUCACAUGGGUCAAAUUAAGCCAUAUCACAAGGGUUGUGCUGGUGAGAAGAAACCAGAAGACAUGGAGAAGUCAGACUCACUGUCCAGUUCCACAGGUAAACAUGAGAAGAGGGAAGAAAGGGAUCAAAGUGCCUCCUUUUCCAUGAACGUCAAUAUAAAGGUACCAUGGUGCCUGAGAUCACCAACUUCAUAACAGCAGCUGGACAGGAGAAUAAGUCUCAUGAUUUUGUGGGGAAAAAAUAUCAGUUUCUCAUUAAA